AUGGACCAAGGAGUCUGUACAGCCCGCAAAACCGUGGACACACCGGACGAGGACGCAAUUGUGUUUGCAAUGGUCGAUCCAAACAGCACCGACUCUAUUCGCAAGGCGGUGAUCAAUGACCUGUUCGGCCAAGCUGUGAGCACAAUAUGGGAGGCAUCCGUGCGCAAUGUGCAGCUUCCUCGCCACCAAAUCAAAGAACUGACCGAGAAAAAGAUGAAGUCCCUAUCGGCGAAGUAUUUCUCGAUCUCUCCGCAGCACUUACACUACUAUCCAUCGGUGCUGGAUGCCGUAGCGAAUGCCCCUGUCCAGAGCGCUGACCACACCGACGAGACCACGACGACUCCAAGCAACCCGAAGAGCAAACGCAAGCCGGGCCGACCGCGAAAGCAGAAGAACAAACUGAAACCCAACCAGCCAUCUAUCCUGCAGUUUUUCAGCCCGGCGAAGCAAUAG